GAACAAGCUAGAAGGAGGGAAGCCGAAAAACGAGUGCAAGAGGCUGAGGCAAACAGAAGCAAACAUAGAGAACUUUCAAAACUGCUUGAAAAGGUUAAGAAAUUGCGAGAUCUACGUAGGGAACGAUUAAAACGAGAAGGUCAUUAUAUAAAAUUGAACCGUAAGUUUAUUAAGAAGGUAUUAAUUUUGCAAAAUUUUUCAUUAAUAGGGCACUUUUUCCCCGAGGAAGAUGAUGAAUUCUUUAAUAAGAUUGCAUCGUUGAACGAUGUAAUGAAAAUUGAGGAAGCGCGAUUGGAUCAAGAAAGGAAUGCUGCGGCUGAACACAAAAGAAAUGAAGCUAUGGAUGUUGGAAUGAAAGAGCGAGAAAAAGAAAGAGAUCCUGUUUAUGAAUAUUGGCAUCAAGCGGAAUUUGAUAUUGAUACCCUUAUCUCAAUUAGACGUCAGUGGGAUGCAUUUUUGGUUGCACCUGGUACUAUUGGAUCAUCGUGCGUUCCACCGUCCUUUAUAGAUCCUUCACCUCCUGCAAAUUAC